AUGGCGAACCGGGGCUACGACGUUGUUGUCGACGUGGACGCCGAGGGCGACCUCGGACACACCGACCUGCAAGAGGACCUUGAAUUCCACCCGUCGAACUUUGAAAGCGACCAACGUACCGCAAAAGCACAAGCCGAUUCCGCCCCGUUCCUAGGCGGCAGCUCCUCGCGCCGCCGUGACCGGUCCCCUGGCGGCACGCCAACAAAGCACACCUGGUGGUCAAUCCACUACUAUGAGCGGUUCUUUGAUGUCGACACAAACGAAGUAUUGCGCCGCUGUAUGGCAACCCUGUACCCACGAUCAAACUUCCUGGACGUACUGGAAGGUAAUGCCGACCUUUAUGGACCUGUCUGGAUUGCGACCACCGUCGUGGUCAUCCUGUUUUUGACAGGUACCAUCUCCCAGUGGCUGUCGAAUAAUGACGAGAAGCACUUUGCGUAUGACUUCACGCUGCUGUCUGGAGCGGCAGGCUUGAUUUAUGGCUACACGGGUAUCUUGCCUAUUGCGCUCUCAACGGCUGACUUGAUUGAGUGCUGGGCUCUUUACGGAUAUUCCAACCUAGUCUGGAUCGCAGUGGCGCUCGUUAGCUGGAGCCCGUUGACUGCGCUCAAUUGGGCACUUGUUGGUGUUGGCUUUGCUUGGAGUGUGUUCUUCCUGCUGCGCAACCUCUAUCCGGUCCUGAAUGCCACGGAUGCUAAGGCCAGCAAAAUUCUCUUGAUUCUGGUUGUUGCGCUGCAUGCGGGUCUGGCUAUUGCCAUUAAGAUCCUCUUCUUCGCCCACGGAAGCCCGGUCUCGAAGAAGAAUAAGCAAACGGGCAACUCUGAUGACGACAACCAGCGGAUAAUGCUCUAA